AUGGGUACUAUUGAUUCUUGGUCAUCUAUUGAGACCGUCAUCAGGCAACGUUUAGAUCGCAACGAAAUUGAUCGACGUUAUUGUGCAGUAUGUGGUCGUCAAGGUCCAACAUUGUCACGAUGUUUUGGAUGCCAAAUGGUUUAUUAUUGUGGUGAAGAACAUCAAGCUGAAGAUUGGUCUGAAGAACAUGCAGAAAAAUGUGCCCAAUUAGAAUGGGUUGCACUAGGAGAAUUUAUUCAAGCUUUACCAGCACAACCACCAUUACCAAAUCUUGGUGAUAAAUGGUCUUCAUCUUUGAAAGAAAUUCAUAAUUGGAAAAAUUGGUUUUCUAUACGUACAAAUAUUGUUCAAUUAGCUAACAAUACAGCAAAUAUUUUUAAGAAACUAGUACAUGCUACUGAUAAACGACAACCAUCGCAUCAAAAUGCAGUCGACGGACUUCUUGCGGCCGUAACUGAUCUUUUAACUCAUGUUCUUACCAUCGGCAAGGCUGUCGUUUAUUUUGGCCUUCGACCAAAUAUUCGUCCUCUUACAAUACAUAUUCUUAAUGGUUUUAACAAAAUUGAUCUUAUUGGUAACGACCAAUCAUCAUCAAAUCUGCCUAUUCGCUUUCAUGAACUGCUCAAUAUGUUUCCUGAUAAUAAAGGUGUCGAACUAGUCAUUGUGAUUGGUGACGACGAUCAAGACGACACUGACCAGUCAUCUGUACCACAUGCAAAGCUCAAACCUGAUAGAUUGAUUAUAACAACUACCGGUAAAGGUCGUUUUCUUGACACAUCAGAAGAAAGACGUCUACGACGCUCAGAAGCUGAUCUUCUUGUUUAUUUUAAUGCUUGGUAUCUUUUUACGUUAUCAAACAAAGAACUAUUAAAAUCAAUGCUUAUGAAACAAAGACCAACGUUAUUAACAUUUGAAGAUGAAGAAGAAUUCAAUGAAGCAAAAACAUGUUUAUCAAGUAAAGGUGUUAAUAUUCAUCAAGCAGGAAUAAAUCAAUUUAGUUCACUAAUCGUUCGUCAACGUUCAAAUAGACCAAAUUCAGUCUAUUCAACAAACAGUUAUCAAAUCCUAUUGAAUACAAUGCCUGUUAAUGGUACUGGUGAGAGAAAUGAUGAAAAUUGCUCUUUAUUGUCCCGUCAACGUCCUCAUCAAUCUUCAAUUGGCGUUCAGCAUGGUCAUACACAAGUACAACAUCAGCAACAACUCAAUCCCGGUUUGAAACAGGUCAAUGUUUCAACCACGAACACGACCGAAGCUACUAUUACUUCUACUGUUCAACCAUUGAUACGAGCAAGUAAUAAUAAUAAUAUACGCCAACCAACUAUAGUACAACGACGGCAGCAUUCUUCACCUGCAUUAGCAUCAUCAUCUGCUGUUAUUACUGCGAACGCAUAUAGAGAAGCACGUCCAACUACUACUAUAAUGAUGACUGCUGUUGAACCGAAUAGAAAUGAACAUAAACCACAACCAAAACCGCGCUUAUCUCUAGUCAAAACUACAAAUAAAGAUAUUGAAUCAAUACCAUCUCAAGUAAAUGGUAAUAUUGUUCAACGUAUUAAACCAGUUUUCGAACAAUCACUUGUAAUACCAUCACAAGAAUCCAAACCUAUCAAGCAACAGCAACAACAACAACAACAACAACGUCAGCCUGUUUCAAUUCCUUAUACAUAUCAAACAGGAAACACUACAAAAGCUACAUGUCUUGAUGAUAUUAUUCCAUCUAAAAAGAUGUAUAUUCCAUCGCCACCACCGCCGCUGGCAGAAAUACAUAUUAAUGAACGAACUAAUGAGAUUAUUUCUUCACCAUCUUCAGUUGAAUUGCGUCAUGAACAACGUGCAUUACCAAUUCCUACAAAUAAUAUUUCUCAAAUUCCUAAGCCAAUUAUUGAACAUCAUACCGAUAAACGAUCAAUAAAAACUAUUUCGAACAGUAUUUCUUCACCGUCAAUGGUUCCAAUUGAAAUUCAUCAUGAUCAACGAACUGUGAUGAGUGCACCUAUGAUUGCUCCUCCUCGACCAACGUCCUCAUCAAUAUCAUCUAUUGAAAAUCGUUCUGAAGAAAAAUUGACUAUCACAGCUGCUACCACUAAUAUUUCUACAACACGUGUACAACUAACUGAAACACACAUUGAACAAUCGACUGUAACACCGGCUACUACUGCAACUAAAUCUUCAUCGCCACCACCAAUACCACCACCACCAUCAUCAUCCACUAAUAGUUCUACAACACGUGUACAACUAAAUAAAAAACACAUUGAACAAUCGACUGUAACACCGGCUACUAUUUCAACUAAAUCUUCAUCGCCACCGCCACCACCAGUACCACCACCACCACCAUCAUCAUCCGCUAAUAAUGAAGUGAUCUAUACAGAAGUCAUUAAAAAUCAUGAACGACCGUUACCACUACAUCAUAUCGAUCUUUCGAAAACAACUUUGAGUCCAUCUCGUUCAUUUAUUAUUCCAACAAAAGCACCAAGUCUUCUAUCAAAAACUCCAUCUUAUAGUUUUCAACGUUCAUCUCAACUAUCAACAGCUACUAAUUAUUCAUCUCAAACAAAUAAAUCAAAACCUGUGUCGUCUAUGAUGGCAUCGGAUCGAAUAAGUCUUUAUUCUCAAAGAAGUACUAAACAACCAGAUGUUGGUGUAACAAUAAAAAAUUUAUCAGAAUGUAUUGAUCGUGUUGGUAUUGUAUUUGAUGAAACACACCGUCCACAUGAUGCACCAUCAGUUGGUUUAACAACAGUUGAUCUUAUUCGUGAACAAUUAACAACAUCAUCGACAACAAAACCAACAGGAUCAUUAUUAGAUAAAUUAUAUAAAUCGAACAGUAGUACACGUUUAUCAACACCAUCUUCACGACCAUCAUUAACUAUUGCCAGUCCACGAUCAAAAUCUCAACAAGCACCAAGAAUUAAUGAUGAAAAAUCUUCAAUACCCAAACCAACCACACCAACAACACCACCAUCUAUACGACGACCAGUUGGUGUUUUUCUUCCACUUACAACUAAAAACACUCAGGAACCUGAACAAACAACUGCAAUUAUACCUGAACAAUCACCAGCACUUGUUUAUCAAAAUCUUGAAUCACAUCAUACUUCAACAAUUGAUUCAAUAUCUCCUCCAUCUCAAACGCUUGAUUAUACACUUAAACAACCAACUGGUCCUCUAUGUAAUGGUAUACCAAAACCAUUUCGAAAACCAACAGCAAUUAUUGAACCAUCACCUGUUGUAGCAUUACCUAUUCCUAAGAUUCCUGAACCAAAUUAUAUAAAUUUAACUCAUCAAGAUGAUCAACAUAUUUAUACAAAUGAAAAUGGUACUGCAUUUACUGGUGGUAGUAGUAGUUCAAAUUCUUAUACAAGUAAAACAUCAAGUGUUUAUUCUUCAACUGAUAAACAAAAUCAACCAACAAAUAUUGAACCACAUUAUGCCGUAACAAAUAUUCCAAUAUCAUUACAACAAGAACAACAAUCUGUUGAUUAUGAUUCAUUUGAUGAUGAUGUUGUUGUUGAAGAUUUGGCUCAUAUUGAAAAACCAAUAAAUUCAAAUGAUAAUACAGAUGAUGAUUCAUUUGAUGAUGAUGAUAAUCAAAAUCCAUUACAAACAAUUCCAUCAAAAAAUGCUUCAACAAAUUUUUUUCGUUCAACAUUAAAUCGUUUAACACGAUCGAAUAAAUCUUUAGAACGUUUAAAUACUGAACCAACAACAAACGAUCUUAUACAAGAAUCAAAUCCAUCGAAUAUAAUUGAUACAAAAACAAAGAAAACUCUUCGUAGUAUAAAAGCACGUCAUGAAGCUAAGAAAACUGGUAAUCUUUUCGUCACAUAUACAGGUGAUGAUGAUACAACAUCAAUUGAUUCAAAUUGUUCAACACAAACAGCAACAAGUUUAAAUAAAACAAAUAAAACUUCACAUCAUCGUUUUCGUUUAUUUCGUCGAAAAGUUGAAAAAGAUUUUGCUAGUGAUACCGAAGCUGAAAAACAACAAACGGAACAACGAAGAAAAAAAUGGAAUAAAAAAAUUAUUAAUGAUACAGCUAAUGAAUUAAAAACGAAACGUUUAUUAAUGAUGAGUGAUGAUGAUGAUGAAGAACAUAAUUUAAAUUUAAAAAUAAAUGAUGAAACACAUAUAUAUGAUCAUAUUGUACAUGAUGAAAUUAUAAAUAAUACAUCACGUAUGGGUAAAUUAUCAAAUGAAACACAUUUUAAAGCACCAACAGUAACACUUGAUGAAAUACGUUCAGAAAUUCAAGCGGAAAUAGCUGCAAGACAAGAUAUACAAAUAAAUAAUCAAUCGAUCACAUCAUCAAAUUUAACAUUACAGAAAAAACGUUCGAAAUCCGUUACUUUUCUUGAUGAAUUACUUAGUGAUAAUUCAAAAGAAAAACAAACAAAUAUCAUUGUUAAAAAUGAUUUACAAAUCAAACAAUCAACAACAAUUAAACGUAUUGAAAAAGGUGAUGCACGAUCUAUUUGUGGUGCUUUAACGGGCACGGGACCUAUUCGUGGUAUUAUUAAAGCGGCGAAUAAUGAUAUUACUGGUACAACAGCACCUGUGUCACCAUCGGCAGCAGCUGCAAUUUAUUUAAGUGGACCAACAAAUGAUACACGAUGUACAUCACCGAAAGCUCAUGAACGUACACAUCGACCACUUUCCACUUACACAGUUGGUUCAGCUCGUUUUUAUGAUGGUGGAUCAUUACCUACAAAUUCUACUCCAUCAUCAUCAUCAUCAUCAGCGGCACCACCGGCACAUUCUUUGAUUCAAAAUAAUAAUAAUAAUAAUAAUAAUAAUAAUGUAUCAAAUCAGCGUCCAAUAUUAAAUAAUACUUCUCAACAUUCAACAUCAGAAAAUGUUCAUCAUAAACGACCAACCGCUAAAGUUAGUCCAUUUCAAACAAAAUCACCACAUGAUCCAUUGUCAUCAUCACCUACUUCUACUAAACAACAACAACAACAACAACAACAACAACAAAUAAUUUCUUCAUCAACAACAAAGAAACCAAUUCGACCAUCAUUAAAUCGAAAUAUGCAAACAUCACAUGAUAUAACUAAUAUUGCGACACCAUCUGUUAGUGAAGGUGUUGGUGGUGUAUCAAAACGUUUACAGUCGAAUUUUUAA